UGAUUACGUAAUGCCGCGGUGGCUGAGGCGGUUCCGCUGGCUGCUGUGUGCGCGGCGAGCGAGUCCUGGUGCGGCCGGCUCGGCUCCUACAGCGCCCGAGACCCCGGUCCCGACCCCAGCCGCGGCCCGGCCGCCGCCUGAACAUGGACUCCGCAGGCCAAGAUAUCAACCUGAAUUCUCCUAACAAAGGUCUGCUGUCCGACUCCAUGACAGAUGUCCCUGUCGACACCGCGGUGGCCGCCCAGACUCCUGCUGUUGAGGGUCUGACGGAGGCUGAGGAGGAGGAGCUUAGGGCUGAGCUCGCAAAGGUGGAAGAGGAAAUUGUCACUCUGCGCCAGGUCCUGGCAGCCAAGGAGAGGCACUGUGGAGAGCUGAAAAGGAAGCUGGGCCUCUCCGCCUUGGAGGGCCUGAAACAGAAUCUGUCCAGGAGCUGGCGUGAUGUGCAGGUCUCUACCGCCUAUAUGAAAACCUCUGAGAAACUUGGCGAGUGGAAUGAGAAAGUGACCCAGUCAGACCUGAGGAAGUGCUGUCAUGGAUACCAGAGAACUUGGGUAGUCCUUCUGUGUCUGCCUGAAAGGAACUGGUUGUUACUGAGCUUGUCUUCAAGGUCCCCGGGACCCCAGCCGCUGCUUCUGAUUCAGACGGCUGGCCGUGGCGGCAGCUGUGUCCUGCGUCGCGGAACGACCGCCUGGUUGGGCUCUUCCCCUUGGUAGAGCGUAGCUGCAGGCGUGCCGAGGUGGCACCGGGCAUAGUUGCCAGUUGCUAUAUGGAGUCCUUUCCUCGUACGGGACAGAAAGCACGGCAGGGUGAGUGUGAGCCUGCAAGCAGGGGAGGCCUGCUCCGGGCUCACCUGACCAGGGCUCUCCUUACGCUGGCUGUGUCGCCAGGCUGGCUUCUCCUGGACGGUGCAGAGGGUGCCCAGCGGGGCAGGUUUGAAUCUUUGUGGCGCUGCAGCCCAACGGCAGGACGGCCCGCCGCGGGUCUCCCCGGGCUCCCCCCGGGCUUCCCCCCGUGGUCAGGGAGCCGUAAACGCACCUGGCUGGCCGGACUGGGAUCACGUGCCCACCCAGGGUUGGGGUGGGAGCAGCCACCAAGGGAGGGUGCAGGAGAAUGCCCCACGCUGACCGCAGAGUUUGCUGAUGGCGGGGGAGGCUGGCAUUGGCGGCUGGCGUUGGCGACGUUCCUACACCUUUGUCUUCCCAAGAGCUGGGGGUGAUUCCCGAAGGGGUGCUAGGCAGGGUGGCACAGCCUAGCACCCUUCCUCACGUCUGGGCCUGAGGUUACCUGCGUGCAGACUCUGGCUCGGCCCCCAGUCCCCUCACGGCCUGAGCGUGGCCUCUCCACUGGGGCUGAUGACAGCCCCUCGGCCCCUGCACUGCAUGUGCCCUGGUUUGGAGGCUCCCGUUUCAGAAGGGGUCCCUGUGGCACCUCAUUUCCGCAUACUUGAAGUGCUGAGGGUGGUGGAGUGGGGGAGAUUGCCUCCGGUCCAUCUCCCGUGGGGGUGCUCCCCUUCGGAAUGGCCCACGAGCCAGUGUCUCUCCUGCCAGUCAUUCAGCGGCCAGCUCCGUACUAAGUGACCCCAAGGGCACUCCUCCUCAUCACCAAGGAUCCCCGGCACGGGCUUGUGGUCUCUCCAAGUGCAGUUCCCCACACCUGGCCCUGUGGGUGCAGGCAGAAAUUCUGUAAGGACUUUGCCUUAAAUCCUCUGCUUCAGACCGUUUCACUUCAGCGAACAGAACAUUAACAUGACCUUAAACGUUUGCUAUUUCGUGAGAAGCAGCUUGAAGACAUUUUCUGACCCUGUGUCUGAAACCAAAUAUCCUGCAUGUUCCCAGUUAACCUUGUAGUUAGUGUUUUAUAAAUAACGAGCACGCUCCAAGUCUGUUGCUCGCAGGUGAUCUGUUUUAACUCCCUUUGAAGUGAAAGCAGUUCACCAGGUGGGGGUGAGGGUGGGGUCCCUAACAGAUACUGCAAGUUAGGGGCCCCAGAGAAGGUCCCAGAGCCUUUCCUUCAGCAGGCCGUGCAGUGGGGGACACGCAGCAGGUUUCUCUGUCCCUUUCCUGCCGGCUUUGCCGACCCCGAGGCGACUGUGUGUAUGUGCCAGGUCCUGGCAAAGGCUCUGUCGGGAUGGAAGGUCCCUCAGAGGAUGACCGCUGAGUCUGUGGAAACCCUCCCAAAAGGAGCAUGUGGACUUUGGUUUUUAGUGAGACCCAGCUGUGGUCUGCCCCUCUAGAGCGGGCCUUGCCCCUGUGCCAGGGAGUCCCGUCUAGAUCCCAGACACGCAGCUCUCUGGGUUGCAGCUGCACAGGCGGUUGGGUUUCAUUUCCAUUCCUAUUCCAUUCUGUGACAGUUUCUGGCUAUCACAGGGGAAGGGGUUUCUGGUGGUCGGGUUUGUCUAAAGGUUGGAUUUAGAAUUAGAGUUUUUUCGUUAUGGACCUGAGGAAAUCCCGAGGCAAGUCUUACAGUAAAGAUUUUAGAUUAUUUUCUCUCUGUUAACGUGUUCCAGGAUUUACUGACCUUCCCAGCAGCUAAGAUAAACUCACUGUCCUAGUGACUACGAUGUGUUUUUUUUUUUUUUUCAACGUUUAUUUUUGGGACAGAGAGAGACAGAGCAUGAACGGGGGAGGGGCAGAGAGAGAGGGAGACACAGCAUCGGAAACAGGCUCCAGGCUCUGAGCCAUCAGCCCAGAGCCUGAUGCGGGGCUCGAACCCACAGACCGCGAGAUCAUGACCUGGCUGAAGUCGGACGCUUAACCGACUGCGCCACUCAGGCGCCCCUACGAUGUGUUUUUAAACUCACUUUCUGGAAAGCACGUAUUUUAAGUUCUGGACCCUGCCGGGCACCAAAGAAGCCUGAGGCCCCGCGGCGCUACAGGAACGGCUGGGCCUCCCUGCUGAUGGAGUGGCACAGGGACUUGAUGGGGUGGCACAGGGACUCACGGGCAGCCUGGAGUGCUCGGGAGGGAAGGUGAGGGAGGAGGGCAGCACGUGAUCACAGUGGAGCCUCCGGAUGGCACUGGGGGAGUGGACGGGAGGGAAGGACUCCGAAGACCCAAUGCUGGUGCUGUGUGUGACCUGGUGACACGAACAAGGCGUCAGAAAGUAAUUUCAGAGAGAAGGCUGGCAUCUCGAGAGCCUUGCCGUCUCAAGCUGUUUCCUUAGGGCAACAUGUCAGCUUGGCCAGAAAUGAGCCCUUGGGUUCAGGCUGCGGUAUCUUUUGUUUAUGGUGGCAUCUGGACAAGGUCUGGCAGCUCCAAGUAUUAACUCUCAAGGCGAGCCCAAGGGUGUCCUCGCUGUCCCUGUAGCCAAGGCAUCCUGCCUGUGCCUGUCUCACAGAUGUUGAGGUCAUGGACCCAUGUCUUGUGUGAUGCACCCCCCCUUUGUGGAUGGUUGGGGCAGGAAGGGCUAGAAAGGGUGGUCUUUGCUGUGAUCCAGGGCCACCCCUCGCACUAGGGACAAUGGCAUUGAUGGCAUGAGAUGAAGGUUCCUCAGUUCUGAAAGGAUUGGUGAGACCGUACAGGGGGUUGAGGGCCGGAGGGCUCCCGAGAGUCUGAGCGGCCAGCCCACCACAGGCCACACAUCCACACUGUCCAGGGCACCCCCGCCCCCAAUGGGCAUGGUGGAGCUCUCACAUGAGAAGCUCCCUGAAUACAGUAACAGAACAAGGGGACCUUUCUGGCUUCUGUCUCAGACCCAGGGCCUCUGUGGGUCUGUCUGCUUUGCAGCAGGCGGACGCCCCACUUGCCGGGCAGUUAGCGCUGUGGCAAGACAGGGGAGGUGGGUUACCUGAGCGUUAGAAUAGAUGGAAUAAGGUCAGAAAACAGUUACUGCAGAGCUCAGAGGUUGCGAUCUGGCCGUGCUGCUUUUGUCCCUGCUGUCAGUCCCCUUCCUGGCGGCCAGACACGUGCUCACUAACCCUCUGUCCCCUGGGGUUCUCUCUGGGCACGUGGUGUCCUUGACUCAUGGGUGGUGGCUGCUUCUCCUAUUGCGCUGGUUCAGCUGGUGUUUUC